CCACGUCAUUAUCUCUGAAUGUUGCUUUUCGCGGCAGAACUGGCACUGGGCUACCUGAACAACUGCAGUUGGACAUAUCUUUCUCCUCACCGCCACCUACCAAUCGAGUUCCCAUAUUAUGCUUCUCAUCGUACCAAGCGUAAUCAACAUCGUAGUCAAUCCACCUAAAAGUAAUCGGAUCUAUGUAAAUUUGCUCUACAUCUCCACCGCCUUUCAACCUAGAUGGUUUAUUGCAUGGAGAAUCCUGCUUCAGCGUGUGCAAUGCAGGCAGAAAAUCGUUCACGCAGCCUAUCGUCUACUGCCCGUUACAACCUGUCACAAGAAUCGCGUGAUAGUUUCCUCUCUCAGAAGAUACCGAAACGUGGAGCAACAACUUUGAAACGGUUCGUCCCAUUCCGUGGCCGCGGUUUCUGUUCUGGACUCUGGCCACCGAAAGCGACCGACAGCUCCAACGUUGGCCCAGCCGAACACCGAGGGCCAAAGUAUGCGCUAAUUGGUACG